AUGGGCGUAUUCCAUGCCUAUAUCUCAGAAAUCAAUAACGACACCGUAUGGCGUCUUGUCUUGACGUUCUCAGACCCCGCUACUGCUGACGAGUGGUGGCGGGCCGUGUCGUCGGGAAAGACUGCUGCAGGAGCUCCUGCCAACCUUCUUGCCGAUAUUCGUCGCAUUAAUCCUCAGUUCUACAACCACAAUGCCUCGAUCUUCAACGUCUUCGAAUUCUUCACUGAUUGGCGCGUUACGGAGCUCGCAAAGCCAUUCCGCGGAAGGAUGUUCAUUACACUCCAGAACGACCGCGGUGGGAGGGGGCACGACAUUAUCGCUGAUCAGAAAGUGACCGACCUCGUUAGUGGAGACUGGUUCUACAUCCGCUCCAAGACUGAUCCGAGCCUGUACUGGCACUACGAAGUGGGUAACAACAGGGUGGUCGUGUCCAACUGCCAGCGCACCAUGUUCUCCGUGGUCGCAAAGAAUGUCCCAGAGAAGACGGUCAUGAUUCGCUCUGACACGGUGGCGUUGUCAGCGUGGCCCCACAACAGGGCAAUCCGUAUUAGUUCUCAGGGGAACCUCAUUGGCGGUAGCACCAACGAUUGGACCUUCGACUUCGAAGAUUUUGCUACCGGCCGCUUCGUCGAUUCUGAUGGUGUUGUGGUAUAUGGUAAUAUUGCGGACAACGCGCCGAAGAAGCCGGGGUGGGAGUUGGUAAAUUAA